AUGGCUCCCGGAAGCGGAUUGCAGCGCUCGCGCGCACCUUCUCAAAUCAGAGAAGCAGGCCCCUCUCGCAGCUCCGAUCGCUCCACCAACCUCUUCCUCGGCAACUCUCCGUCAUCUCAAGAGACUCGCGCAUCUUCCACGCAACCAGCCAUCUCGCGACCGACACAUCGUGGCUCAGGAAGUAGAGACAGCCAGAUAAAUGCUGUUGACGAAGCUGCUGCACACAGAGCUCGGCGUCAGGAGCGCAGGGAGGAGGAAGCCUACCAGGUCAAAGGCUGGGAAGAUCUAUACGGAGGCGGUGGAGGCAGACCUGUCUUCUCUCGAGAUCAACUCCCCACACGCAGCGCAGCUGCUUCGUCUUCGCAAAAGGAUGCUGCCGCUGCAAAGAGCAGACAUUCCAAAGACAAGACAUCGUCUUCUCAGACACAAUCCUCGCUGAACAGAGGUGCAACCUUGGCGCGACGUAGUGCUCGAUCGCCUUCCAGCUCUCGACUGCCACCAUCUACCGCACCUGCUUCAUCUAGAGCUGCUGCCGUGACAGGAACUUCAGCCACACGACUUGGAAAACGAAAAGCACCUUCGCCCGAUUCUGCAUCCACGAAGCGCUCCUCAAGAUCCGCUACAGCCAGAAGCAAGGAGCCCGCCGUUGAACAGGAGGAUUCCGACGAUGACUUCGAGAUGACCGGUUUCGUGCUGGCUUCCCAGAGGCCCAGAGUCGAUGACGAUACGGAUGUCGCGAUGAUCGCGAAAACCUCUCCCUCGCUCAGUGAGGCAUGCAAGAUCUCUCGAACAACACCGACUGCUUUUCUACGUCGGUCGAUCAGCAAGACACCUGCACCCAGUCAACGUGGUCCAUCGGCCGCUCUUUCGCUGCCUCCAGAUCAAGGGCGUUCAUCUGCCGCAUCGCUUGGUCUGAGCCCUGGCCGUUCACGCUCACGUGGCUCUAGAGCGUCCAGCUCUUCUCGUUCUUCUCCAGAUCAAGAAAAGUUGACGCCAAAGCAGACCGAAAACAUCACACGCCUCGCCAUUGACGCGUUCGCAAACAGCACCUCGCUCGCCGAACAUGUUCGUACCUUGACCCGCUCCUAUUCUGCCAUGCUCGGCGUUGCUCAUCCCGAACGACCAGCUGUGGAUGAGCUCGAGUACAAACUCGCAAAUCUUGAACCUGAAGCCGGCUUCAACGAUGUUCGCAAUGUCACCAAAGCUACGCCGACGAUCCCUUCUGGCCUGCGCCAGCGACUCGCCGUCGUGUUUCGUACCUAUGCUUUCUACCUAACUCGCGGGCACGAUCACGAACGAAGUCCUGCCAAAUCUGCCGCCGCAGCUGCGCCUUUAGCGACCGCAGAGUCUGAUUCUGCCUUAAGUGGGACUGCCUCAGCUACUGCUCAUGACAACGGUGCUUCCGAGGCUGAAGCAAGCGCGCCGAUGCAGGUCAUGGAGGCAGAGUCCGCGCCCGCACUGGCUACCGCAACGUCUGAGUCUAGACAAUCAGGUGCAGAAAAUCCAGUCGCAAGUCCUCAAGCAGCAGAGACAAGAUCGGAUGUUGUCACUCCGGAAGCGAAUGCAGAAGGAGACCAGAUGCAGGUUGAGCCAACGGCAGAACCUGAAAAGCAAAUCCACUGCGCCCGCGAUGCAGAUGAUGAACUUGCCAAUGCUGACCACGAGUCUACCAUCGAGUCAGCCGGAUCGCUGCAAGCGUUUGGAACACUGCCUGAGGAACCUGUCGACGACCCCGAAGAGGUAGACGAGGGUGCGCAAGCAGACGAGAGCGCUCAUAGGCGUGCCAGAGCAGAGGAUGCAGAAGAAGCGGACGAGCUCGAAGAAGAAGAGGACGAGCUUGUGGACGAAGUGAUGGAAGAAGCUGAGAAAAUGCCUGACGAAAGUGUUCAGCCCACCAGCCAUCACCAAGACGAUCACGGUGAUGAGAUUGAAAACGAACAGCCGAUUAUGGCACAACCUAUCGGCGCGGACGAUGGUAACGCAGCCGUUGAUCAGCACGCUGUAGUCGGUAAUGAAUUUGCAGCCGCCGGACAACAAGUCGAUAUCCCACAAGAGGCAGUUGAAGAUCGAGCAGCUGUCGAAGAACGUGACGCUGAAAAAGAGGCAGAGCAGCAACAGGAGCAGAGCGAGUGCCAGAACGCACAACAGAAGGUUCAGCAGGAAGACCAACAGGAGGACCGACAAGGUGACCAACAAGACGUCCAACAGGAGGUUCAGCAGGAGUAUGAACAGGCGAUUCAGCAGCAGAGCGAGCAGGAGCAGAGCGAGCAGCAAGAUGAGCAGCAAGAUGAGCAGCAGCAUGAGCAGAGCGAACACCAAAGUGAACCGCAACACGAUCCGCAGGAGAAUCAGCAGGGCGAACAGCCGAUGGAACACGAAAGCGAGCAGCCUCUGGACACUAAAUCGGAACUGCAGAGCGAAGAGCAAAAUGGCAACGCUCCUCAAGCUGCUGCUCCCAAAGUCGAAAUGCAGCGCGUGGGACAGCCUCAUUACGAGGCGCCACAGCCCAGCAACGUGCCUGUCUCGGAAGACAAAAGGGCGGAGGCGCUUGCUGACGAUCCAGCAUCUGCAGUGGAUCAAGGCGCCGAACAAGUGGCCACGGAGGUGGAGGAAGUCGAGCAGGCUCUCGCGGCUAGUGCAGACGCACAGCCAAAUCAGAAUUUCGACGCGAUCACUGACACUACAGUAACAGCACCCGCUACAAAUGCAGAUACCGAAGAGGUCGACGAAAUAUCCGCUCAAGCAGGUGCAUCCGCCGAGACGGCAGGCGAAGGCUCGAGGAUCACAGUUUCAGAUCCUCCCACAGACACUGUUACUACUGGCUGCGCGGCGUCUUCCUGGUUGUUGCUUUCGGUCGAUGCUGCUGCCGUAACGGAGGCCGACGAAGGGAUGACACACGCUACGGAGAUGCCUCUCGAAGCCUCGGCAGCCAACUCAUCGCUCGCUGAGCCUCGUCCCGAGGCAGACGCUGAAAGCUCAACCCAAGCCCCCGCCGUGGCAAAGUCUACAGAAACGGCUCCAACCGAAGAACUGCGUAACUCCCCCGUCGCAGCUGCUGCUGUGGCAUUGGCAAACAUUCCCAAAACCAUCUCGUCGUCGCAAGAAGCUGCGUCCAUCAGCAACACCGCCCUCGUUGAGGUUGCAGCAGACGAUCGACAGCCGACAUCGGCACAAGUUACUGCCAACCCAGUCAACUCCGGAACCUCAUCGACCGGGGACGCUCAAGCCGAUGAGCCCGCUGCAGGCCCGAGUCACGAAGCUGGCAAUCCAGAUCGGGCUUCCAGCCAAGCUGCUUCGGACUCCGCAACGCCCGUUGCCAGGCGCAAGAAGACGGUCGCUGAUCGGAUGAAGCCGAUGCUGAGAGAUCUGGCCAACAUCACUGGCCGCCAAUCCUCUUACGACACAAUUCAGAAGCUCAAGCCGCUUCGCAAGGGGGCAGCGACGGACCGCACCGUUGCUGAUCUUGUGGAGCGCUGGCAGGAUCCAGCCAACAUAAUCCCCUGGACGUGCCUGCAAGAAGUCGGGCCGAAUAUCUUGCAUCCUCGAGCUCAUCGGUAUGAGAAUCUCUCUAUACACGAGCUCAUGGACAGAGUUUCGAACACGCGUUCUGUCAAGUUCAUCACAUCAAAAUUGCCCGAGAGGAUCAUCACAAGAGCGCUCAUGGAGUUUCCUCGCAUCCCGCACAUGCUUCACUGCUGGAACAACGAGAAGUUCAAGUACUUUGUUUCGAGAGGCCUGCCACAGCCCACGGAUACGCAGCCCGAGUUUCGGUUCGCCGACGCAGCCGACGUACCUAGCGCAUCUUCAUCACUCUCUGCCGCUGCGAUCACCCCUGCAUCGAGCUCGAGAGCCUCUGCUCCACCUCCGACCACGACGAGCUCCCUCGAUCUAGAGGUUCCCGAGAAGAAGCCGCAGUUGGCGAGAGGAAACGCGAGCGCUUCGCCCAUGUCGGCUCCAGCAAUGACGCAUUCGCACUUUGUACCACCGCCGAGCAACAGCGAGAUGGGUCGUCUCCAUGUACCUGUUCCGCUCACUGCGGUACCAGCGCCUCAAAAAGCCAAUCAGCCUGUUGAUAGCAACGUGAUGCGCGCCGCUGCAGUCGCCCAGCUGAUGCAGUCUCAACAGCCGAACGGAGGCAACGCUGGCUCGCUGUCGCUUGUUCCUCCUCGUCAGCAAAACCUGCAAAUGCUGCCUGCCAGCUUGCCACCCGCACAGCCUGUCCAGCAUCUUUCCGUCUUUGAGCAGCAGCAGAGGCAACUCGUCAUGCUUCAACAGCAGCAACAAUUUCGACAGUUUCAGCCCCCUCCGCCGCAAAAAUUGACGCUGCAAAAAGCAUUUCAGCACCAGACCAAUCAGCCGCAUUCCAUCUUGCGUCAGCCACCUCAGCUCUCAGCCGCGGCGCUGAGCCAACAACAAGAAGCCACCCAGCGGCAGCAGCGAAUGGAGCAGCUGAUGCAGCAACAGCACCGACAGCAGCAACUCCAACUCCAACUUCAACUCCAACUCCAACUCCAACAGCAGCAACAGCAGGUCCAACAGCAACAACAGCAAUCCACCGCAACACAGAUUGCAAGCGCUGUUCGAGCCGCUGCUAGCGCGAUCUUCGCUGGUCUAGCAGCGGACUGCGUCUCUUUCGCCGAACACGUACUGGGAACAGGAGUCGUUGCUGAAGAGAUUGUUAGUCGUGAUCAUUUCUCGGAAAGCGAAGUGCUACAUAUCGUCCAAUACGUGCUCAACGUGUACAAGGACGAGGUGAAUGCAGAGCGCGCGGCGGGUCGUCAGAACCAGCAGGCGGAAGAGAGAUACGCCAAGGUUCUUAAAGUGCAAGAAGCAGCUCUGCGCGUUGUUAGUCUCACAAAGACGCUGCUGGGGAUCAAGAUGUGUGUCAAUGAGGCGGUGAAGGAUGCUUUGCGGUCGCAGAUUGGAAUGACAUUGCCAUCGGAGGUAUAUUGGCAAGACCUGUUGAGUAUGUCGUCCAAGUUCAAGGGAAUUGUGGAGUACUUGAUGCGGGGCGAGCCGAUGGUGCUGCAUAGGCUGUCGGUUGUGGAGAGAAGGAUCUUGAUGCAGCACAAAGUGGUGGCGGUCAAUAAAGACUUGGAAUUGACGCUAGAGAAGAUCGUGAGCAUGGAUGAUCUAGGUGGGACAGGUUCGGCUGUGUCAGGUACAAACGCCGAAGGCGAGGGUGACGAGGGCAUCAUCAAGCGAGAAUGCGAGAUGAUCGCGGGGAUCUGCUGCAAGCAUGUGGUUGAUAUUCUCAGCGACUGA